CAAUCACGGGUGCUGAUGAUAGUCUGGCUAUCAGGGGAAGAUUGUAAAUUAGCAUUUUCCUUUGCAGGUGUUGUUAAUCUUCAAAAUGGGUACAAGAGCGGCACUGCUAUAUUUGCAAGAGGAGUUCCCUCAUGCUUAAGUACAAGGAACAAGUUCUUUGGUGUUCCUAGCUGCACUGGUUCAUCAUCAUCGAAAGGAGAUGCAGAGGAUCCUGGAGCUUCUCCAGACCGCGAAAAUGUGCCCUUUGGAUACUCGAGAAAAGAUGUCUUGCUAAUUGGUCUUGGGCUUACUGUGCUUGGAGUCGGUUUAAAAAGUGGACUCGAGUUUGUUGGAGUGGAUCCUCUACAAGCAGGUAAUGUGGUGCAAUUAGUGUUGGUGUUGGGGCUAACUAUCGGUUGGAUUUCUACAUAUAUGUUCAGAGUGUCGAACAAAGAUAUGACAUACGCUAAGCAGCUAAAAGACUACGAGUACAAAGUUAUGGAGAAACGAUUAGAGGGGCUCAAUGAAGCUGAACUCCAAGCGCUUUUAGAGCAAGUAGAGGAGGAAAAGAGUCGACUCGGCAAAAGAGAGCAGGCUUAAGCAAAAUUUCUGAUGAAAAUUUCCUUUUAUUUCUAAAAAUCACCAGAAGAGAUUUUCACCAUACAUUCCGUUGCGAAACAUAUUUUCUCAGAUGUAUUGUUUGUAUAUCAUGGCUAACAGUAGUUAGUCUGUUUGUAAUUAAUAUAAAAUUACGAUGAACGUGUGGAAUGCAAUUUUUCAGUUUUUACCUUGUUUUUCCA